AUGUCUCGAAUUUGUCGAAAUCCACCAGCAUCAACUACUCGACGACCACCAGUCACAAGACCAACAGAACAAUCAACUACUCGACGACCACCAGCUACAAGACCAACACAACAAUCAACUCCUUCUAGGUCAACAACCAAUCAAUCCGUAGCUCGUGGUGCUCGAACAUCAAUACGAGGUCGAGCUUUGCAUACUCAACGACCACAACAAGAAAGAAACGAUAAUAAUCCAUACAAUGACAAUGAAAAUGAUGAAACAAAACAAGAACAACGUACCGUUCAUGUUGGUGAUGGUUAUCAUAUGUUUACACCAUCAACAACAAAACGUGAACAAAUGAGAAGACAAGCUGAAAAUGAACAACGUCAAUAUGAAGCACAUGUUGAACGAUCACGUCUUCAUGGUAUUCAUGAAGUACAUCGUUUAGGUGGUGAUGGACUAAAUGAAGAUGAAGUUCGUCAACGACAAGCAGAAAAAUAUCGACGAGAAAAAUUUAUGAGAUUAGAAAAAACUCAUCAAGAUCAAUUUCAAAAAAAACAAGAAGAAGAAAAAAAUAUCGAAGCUAAAAAGCAAGCAGCUCGUCAACAGUCUAUGCAAAAUGAAAAACGAAAUCCAACAAUUGAUCAAAAUGAUCAAGAAGCUACUGGAUGGACAGAUGAUGCUCGUGAAGCCGAUCGGCAAGAAACAAUGGAUCGAUUUUUAAAUCGAUUAACUCAUGAAUAUAAUGAUAUGAAUAUACCUUCAGAUGAAAAUGAAAUAGAUAUUCAUAAUGAUGAAUCAAAAUCAGAAAAACUCUCAAUACUUCGUGAUAUGUUUCCUCAUAUUGAUGAUCAAACUCUUGAAUAUCAUUUGGAAACUUUCAAUGGUAACAUCGAUGCGAUUGUUACUGAACUUACUGACUAA